UUGCGACAUUAAGGGCAAAGUACACAGCAUCUCGUCACAAUACCACUUUAUAACUUCAUUUUAAUUACAUCGGAAGUUAUUGUGUUCGCUCAGCAUGUCUGCCGCACAACUUUUGAACCCAAAGGCGGAGUCUAGAGUAUGAAUUUCCCUAUCCAAAUUUGAGGUGCGGCUACUGAUCCGAAGCAGAGAAGAGGGGAAGCUCUGAAAGUCAAUAUCAGUGCAGGUGAAGGUUUACAAGAUGUUUUGAAAUCAAACCUGGGUCCCAUGGGAACCAUCAAAAUGUUAGUUCCAAUCCCGCCUACGAGCCAAAAACAUACUAACGUUUCCAAAGGUUGGUUGACGGUGCUGGUGGAGUAUGAAAUCCUUCUUAUUGCAGCAAAAAUAUCUCUCUAAUUAUCGCAGAUAAAACUUACAAAAGAUGGAAAUGUUCUGUUACGUGAAAUGCAAAUACAAAAUCCUACAGCAGUUAUGAUUGCACGAGCAGCAACCGCACAAGAUGAUAUUUGUGGUGAUGGCACAACCUCAGUUGUUCUCCUCGUAGGAGAGCUUCUGAAACAGGCCGAUAGAUACAUUUCAGAAGGUCUACAUCCCAGAAUUAUCACCGAUGGUUAUGAGAUUGCGAAGACGGAAGCCUUGAAGGUGUGUAGGAUAUCAAGAAUAAGCGGGGUAAUACUGACACUUUGUAGUUCUUGGAUACCUUCAAAAUAGAAAAAGAAGUCGACCGUGAACUUUUACUUUGCGUUGCACGAACCUCCCUUUCUACAAAACUUAACCACACUUUGGCAGAAAAGCUCACACCUGAUAUCGUCGAUGCGGUUCUAGCCAUCUACCAAGCCCCAGCGAAACCUGAUCUCCACAUGGUCGAAAUUAUGAAGAUGCAACACAGAACCGCCUCCGAAACCCAGUUGAUUCGAGGUCUUGCUUUAGAUCAUGGUGCUAGACAUCCAGAUAUGCCAAAAAAGGUCGAAAACGCAUUUAUUCUCAGCUUGAAUGUCAGUUUGGAGUACGAGAAAUCCGAAAUUAACUCUGGGUUCUAUUAUUCGAGUGCGGAACAAAGAGAUAAGCUCGUGGAGAGCGAACGCCGCUUCGUUGACGAAAAACUGCGAAAAAUCGUUGAGUUAAAGAAGGAAGUCUGUGGAAAUGAUCCUAAGAAGGGAUUCGUGAUUAUCAACCAGAAGGGUAUCGAUCCAUUAUCACUCGAUGUCUUGGUCAAGAACGGAAUCUUUGCUCUGAGAAGAGCUAAGCGAAGAAACAUGGAAAGAUUACAAUUAAUUUGUGGUGGUACAGCACAGAAUAGUGUGGAUGACUUAACCCCUGAGAUCCUUGGUUGGGCCGGAAAUGUUUAUGAGCAUCAAUUGGGAGAGGAGAAAUACACCUUCAUCGAGGAUGUAAAGGAGCCAAAAUCCGUGACCCUUCUCAUCAAGGGACCAAAUCAACACACCAUUACUCAGAUCACUGAUGCCGUCCGUGACGGACUGCGAAGUGUUUACAACAUGAUUGUAGACAAGAGCGUUGUACCUGGAGGUGGUGCUUUCCAGGUUGCUUGCGCAGCACAUUUGAACAGCGAAUCUUUCCGCAAGACUGUUAAGGGUAAGGCAAAGUGGGGUGUUCAAGCUUUUGCUGAUGCUCUUCUCGUCAUUCCCAAAACUUUGGCAGCAAAUGCCGGUCAUGAUAUUCAGGAUUCGCGUAAGACCACCUUCCCGCCCAAGUCUAAUAUUUAUCUUACUAAUACGUAUCACAGUUGCUAGGUUACAGGACGAACAAGUAGAAGGCAAUAUUGUUGGCCUUGAUCUUAAGACUGGUGAACCUAUGGAUCCAGUCUUAGAGGGUGUAUAUGACUCUUUCCGUGUACUAAGGAAUUGUGUUGCAUCGAGUUCCGGUAUUGCUUCCAAUCUUUUACUCUGUGAUGAAUUGCUCAAGGCACGUCAAAUGGGUAGACAAAAAGGACCGGGUGAUAUGGAUGGAUAAAGUCAUGAAUUAAGAAGCAUAAUGAUUAUUUGUAACGACUUUAUUAGGAAGGUGGGCAAAAUACAUGCAUGAUAUUUUGAUAGGCGUGCUUCUCAUUCUUUAGGAUGUAACUCUGUACAACACUGUCAUAUCUAGAGAGCUUAUGUAACAUGUCUUACAAAUUCAGAUUCCGCCAGUCUAUAUAAACUCUGUACUAUUUUUAUAUUAACUU